CGGGAUCUGACAACCAUGGCGGCGGAACCGGCCGAGGUAAGGUUCUGGGGGUGGUCUGGAGAGGGUGCCUGGGAUCCCGGGCUCGGGGAGCGGAGUGCAGGGUCCGGCCUGAGUGGUCUCGGCGCUCCAGACCCUUGGGUUCUCGCUCGGGGAGCAGGACCUCGCGCCGUCGCCUUCUCCGGUCCGGCAGUCAGUCAGCAAACCGACCCCUCUCCGUGGUCCCCGGGGGCGGGACGUUCUCUGAGAAGUGAGCCCCCCUUGCAGGUGGAGGAGGCCGCGCAGGUGUUUCUGCUCAUGCGGAAGGGCCAUCGCAUCUCCCGCAACGUGCGCCUGGCCUGGUUCCUGAGUCACCUCCGCCAGGCGGUUCGGGCGGCCUCCCCGGAGGAGCUGCAUCGCUCCGAGCCCGAGCUGGCCGUGCUCAGCGUCCUCCCCCCGGGCUGGCAGCCCGACGAGCCCCUGGCGCCCCCGGGCCGGGCCCUGCUGCUGGUGCCGUCCACGCGCGUCACCUUCCUGGCGUGGCGCUACCGCUUCGUCAUCGAGCUCGACCUGAGCCCCUCCACGGGCAUUGUGGAUGACUCCACAGGAGAGAUUCUCUUUGAUGAGGUCUUCCGGGCCUUGUCCCGGUGCCUGGAGGGGCUGCUCAGGCCCUUCCGAGUUCCCGGCUCUGCCAUCACCUUCCAGCCCGAGAUCUACGUCACCAUCCAGGCCUAUUCGUCCAUCAUUGGCCUUCAGUCCCACCAGGUGUUGGUUCAGGGCUAUCUCUUGGAGCCUUCUCGGCGAGAGACCUUCCUGCAGCAGGUGUAUGCUCAACUCUGUGUCUUCGAGAACAAGGUGGCUGCCACCCUUCAGCAACAAUAUGAGCCCCGGAGCCAGGUGGAUGCAUCUCAUUUGAGCCAGGACCGGCCCCCUGGCUCAGCAGGGGUGUCCAUGGUGACAGCUGACAUCGGCCUCGUCAGUAUGAUCCGCCAAGGCAUUCUAGCUCUACAGCUUCUGCCAUCUAACUCCAGUGCUGGUAUCAUUGUGAUCACUGAUGGAGUGACCAGUGUCCCGGACGUCGCCGUUUGUGAGACGCUGCUGAAUCAGCUCCGAAGCGGCACCGUGGCAUGUUCCUUUGUGCAAGUGGGGGGAGUGUACUCCUACGACUGCAGCUUUGGUCAUGUGCCUAAUGUGGAGCUAAUGAAGUUCAUGGCCAUGGCCACCUUCGGUUCCUACCUCUCCACGUGUCCUGAGCCUGAGCCUGGCCACCUGGGGCUGACUGUCUACCACCGAGCAUUUCUCCUCUACUCCUUCCUACACAGUGGAGAGGCCCUGAAUCCCGAGUAUUACUGUGGCUCCCAGCACCGUCUGUUUAACGAACAUCUGGUGUCAGCGAGCACCAACCCUGCCCUGGCGCUGCGACGGAAGAAGCACGCGGAGAAGGAGGUGCCCGCGGACCUGGUCAGCACUGUGUCUGUGCGACUGAGGGAGGGCUACAGUGUCCGUGAGGUCACCCUCACCAAAGGGGGCUCCCACUUGGAAGUGAAGCUGGUUCUGCUGUGGAAGCACAACAUGAGGAUCGAGUACGUGGCCCUGGCCCCCUGGCCCUUGGAGUGCGCGGGUUCCCGGGGGACUUGGGUGGAGGUGACCAUGGAGGGAGGCUACGACAUCCUGCAUGACGUGUCCUGCGCCCUGCGGCAGCCCAUCCGCUCCCUGUACCGCACCCACGUCAUCCGCCGCUUCUGGAACACCCUGCAGAGCAUUAACCAGACAGACCAGAUGCUGGCGCACCUCCAGGCUUUCUCCUCCGUCCCAGAGCAUUUCACCCUUCCCGACAGCACCAAGAGUGGGGUUCCCCUCUUCUAUAUCCCGCCUGGCUCCACCACCCCAGUGCUCUCCCUUCAGCACAGUGGCUCCGACUCCUCUCACUCGCAGUUUGCUGCCUACUGGAAGCCGGUGCUCUCCAUGGAUGCCAACUCCUGGCAGCGCUGGCUGCACAUGCACCGGCUGGUGCUGGUUCUGGAGCACGACACGCCAGUCCCCAAACACCUGCACACACCAGGGAGUAAUGGACGCUACAGCACCAUCCAGUGCCGCAUCUCCCAUUCGGCGCUGACUUCUCUUCUCCGGGACUGGAGUAGCUUUGUGCUCGUGGAGGGUUACUCAUAUGUCAAGCUGCUGCACAGCACCCCCGACCUGCCCCCUUCCUCCUUCUACAUGGUCCGGAUCAUCUCCAAAGCCCCGUGCAUGGUGCUCAGACUCGGCUUCCCCAUCGGCACACCAGCCCAGUUACGCAACAAGAUCGUGGACGAGCUGCGGGAGGAGAUUCUGAAGCUGCGCUUCCCCCAUCGGGUGCAGAGCAAGGAGGCCACCCCCAAGGUGAAGCGGAAAGGCCUGGGGGCAGGCAGCUCCCCCUCCAAGUCCCCCCCGCUCCUCGGGCCUCAGCCCACCUUGUCCGAUCGGCCCUGCCUGAUAGUCCUGCAGAAGCCCCUGGACAAGCUGUUGAUCAGGUAUGAGAAGCUGCCGCUGGAUUACCGCGCCCCCUUCAUGCUGACUCUGGAGCCCCCAGGACCCCUGCCCCUGGUGUCCGGCCGCUCGGCCUCCUCCAGCCUGGCCUCCCUGUCCCGCUACCUCUAUCAUCAGCGAUGGGUCUGGACUGUGCAGCCUGCCCUGGUCCCCGUCCUGCCUCUCAGUGCCGUUGCUCAGCUGCUCUCCACGCUCACGGAGGUCCGUCUGGCCGAAGGCUUCCAUUUCGCCUCCAGUGGGGAAGGGAUCAUCACCAUGGUCUUGGAGCUUCCAAUCCAGAGCGAGGGCCCCGGCGUGGCGGGAGGCAACGAGACCCCCACCUGCAUUGUCCAGUACCUCCUCUUCCCUCCUCAUUCCACCUCUACCAAGGACAGCUUUUCCACAGAUGACGAUAACGAUGCUGAAGUGGAGGCCCUGGAGGGGGAUUCUGAGCUGAACCUGGUCACCGAGGUCUGGGUGGAGCCCCAGUGUGGGCGCGUGGGCCCCGGGCCCGAGGGCUGCCGACAUCUCCGUGGCCUGACCUACCCCGAGAUUCCCCGCGCGCUCUUCCCCAGGGAUGCCGCCUGCGUGGGCUCCAUGCUCAGUUUCGAAUACCUGAGCCAUCUCUGCCAGAGCAAGGAGUGGAGCCCCCCGCCUCCUGAGCCCAGGGCUCCUGACGGCCGCGAUCUGGCCGGGGGCUCCUGCGUCCACGAGAUCCCCUUCCGUUUUGACCUGAUGCACCUGCUGCUGCGGUGCCAGCGGAUGCAGACGUCCUUUGUCCUGCUCAGCAAAGAGGCGGAAGGCCCCGGUGCGGAGGCCCACUGUGCUGCCAACGAGACGCUGCUGGGCCUGCUGCACCGCUGCUUGGGGCAGGAGCUGAGUGACCGGGAGCUCCCUCUCUCUGCCGUGGAGCAGAAGACCUUUCUGAGCCAGGUGCUCCAGUGGGGAGCCCUGGGCCCAGAGGCGCGUCCCUCGGGAGGCUCUGGGGCCCCGGAGCCCCAAGGCCGCAGCGGCAGCUGUCCGGACCCUUCCCUGGAGACCUCGCCCCCUCAGUGGCGCUGCUACGGCCGACUUGUGACGCCCCAGCACGUGCUGCUCACCUUCCUCCCGAGCAGCCUCACGGAUGUCCAGCGACUAGUUGCUUGUGGCCUUGGCCGGCCCCUUCAGGAAGACGUAAGGCCUGCCUUGGGAGAGUGGAGCGGCGUCCCGGAGGAUUUGGGGGGAGCGGGCCAGAAGGACGCCAGGUCGCCAAUCCCCGCCCUCAGCGUGACCCCCGCCAGUGACAGAGCCCAGGAUCCAGCAGAGCGCGCCCUGCCCCCUACAGGCCGCCAGGCCUCCCAGCCUGAGGGCGCGGAGGGGCCCCGCUCCCGCUGCCCAGUCUUUGUCUACAGCUGCUCGCUGGAGGCCCUGAGGGAGCAGGUGGUCAGCACGCAGCCCUGCAGGGCUCCCCAAGAGCUCACCCUCACCUCUCAGUUCCUUGAGCACCCCUCCCCCACGUCCGCCUGGCUGGACCCCAAGUUUAAGGAAGUGGCCGACCACUGCGCGCUGCUGCAGGAGCACGCCCAGCGCUGCUACGUCCGCGGCCUGUUCCGCAGCCUCCAACAGGCCCAGGCCGUGAGCUCCCAGGACCUGCUGGUGGCCGUGGACGCCUGCGAGGAGCUGCUGCAGGAGGUGGACAUCACGCCGUUCCUGCUGGCGCUUUGUGGCCACGCGCACGGGCUGCCCCAGGGGCCCGGGAGCUGCGGCCCCGACGAGGGCCCCGAGCCCCGCGGCCGGCCAGGCCUGCCUUCGGAGUUGAGUGCAGAGGCAGAGGACGACAACGAGCCCGAAACCCAGCGUGCCCACGGCCCUGGAGCUCCAGGGCCCGAACUCCUGCUCUCGGAGGCCUGCCAGCUCUCAGGUGGGGCCCACGACCGGCUGCACGGCAUCAUCCAGGAGAAGUUCUUGGAGAUCAGUCGCCUGCACUUCCGAGCAGUGCCCUCCAACCCCCACUAUUUUUUCUACUGCCCACCUUCCAGCAAACGUGAGCAGGAUGAGAGUGCUCGCGAUGCCCUGGACAGGAAGAUCAGUGACCUGGAGCUCUCGGAGGCUGAGCCGAUGGGUGAUGAAGGAGAGGUGUCCGGCAGCUGCAUCACCACAGAGAGUGAUCCGGAGCUGGAGGUGGAAUAUCGAGACAGCCGGGACCCUGAGCUGGAGCCCCCGGACUCCACGUCGCUGUCUGACGAGGACACCAUGAACCCAGAUGAGGACUCCUUUAGUGUCCUGGGGGAUGACGCUGCCCUUGGCCCUGAAGGGACUGCCCAGGACUUGCCCCCUCUCUUCCUGCACCUCACAUGCUCCGUGCGCCUCCGAGGACAGCAUAGCUCUGUGCCUGUGCAUACACUGCCCACCUGCCUGGGACAAGUCUUGACAUCUCUGGAGAGCCCGCCCCCGGGCAGUCGCCUGGCCUUGCAGGACCUUAGCGUGACCUUGGACGUCUUCAUCCUGACCCUGCCCCUGGAGGUGGAGCUGCCUCCAGCCUCAGACCCCCAGCACCACAGGUCUGUCUCCGAAAGCAGCACCUCUUUCCCUCGGUCUCCUGGGCGACCUUCUUCCCUGCGCUCCGAUGACAGCCUGGGACCCUCAUUACCCCCACCAGAGAUAGAGAGGCAGCCAGGGCUGUCCAGUCUCCCUUUGCCCCACCGGCAGGCAAUCGAGACCACCAUGAGCGAGAUUCGCUGGCUGCUUGAGGACGAGAUGGUGGGGGCCUUGCGUCGGGGGGGUGCCCCUAGCGGCCCCUCCCUUCAGCGAGUCGCAGCCCACAUACACGCCUCCCCUGGACGCUCAACCUGCCUUAGACAGACUCUGCCGCUCAGCUUUGUCUUCGGGCCCGAACGCUCCCUGGCUCGAUUCAAAGAGGAGUUCUGCCGCCUUCAUCUUCCAGGCCACUCCCUCUGCCAGAACCCCGACAGUGGCUGCUUCUUUGUGUCUGUCAGCCCCAGCCCCUGUGAGGAGCCUUCCAGCCCCUGGACCUGGCUCAGCCAUGAGGACUCAGCGGCACGCUCCGGCCCUGCAGAGGCGCUACCAACCAGUCCCCAAGUCCCUGGGUCCCCUGAUGACAUCGAGGGCUCCACCCUGAAUGCCUUGCCCAGUGUAACCCCCUUGGGGCCCUGUGGAGCCUGUGGCAGCCAUCCUGGGCCCAGCCGAGGACAGAGUGUCGUGUCUAGCCAGGGCAGUGUGGACUCUGACCAGCUAGGCUAUGAUGGAGGCAGCAGUAGUGGCUCAGAGAAUGAGGAACCGAAAGUGAUCCCAGGGGAAAAGGAACCUUCAGGCCUUGUGCUGACCAAAUCCCAAGGCCAAGAGACGGCCCCAGGGUCAGCUCUGCAGCAGCAGCCCCCACCUAUCCUCCCGGGACCACGUCUGCCCGACUUCUGGCUCCUUGUCCGGGUGAUGCAAGAUCGAGUGGAAGUUUAUGCCCAUGCACGGAGCCUCAGUCGGGAUGAGAGCGGCCCGGGUGCCGAGUGCCGGCAGCUGCAGCAGCUCUUAGCAAAGAAAGUUGGAGAGAUCUGCCGGGAGGUCAAUCAGCGGCUGCUUCUUCAAGACCUCCAUGACAGCCAUGUCUGUAACUCCCUGCUUGUGGCUGAAAGUGAAGAGGAUCUGUGGCGGAGUGAGACCCCUUUUCAUCCCCGCCAGCGGACCCUGCUGCCCAGUGACGAUUAUGCUGCUGAUGAGAGUUGUCCCCCCCGUGGCUACCUGGCGGCCACUAUGCAAUUUGUGCCGGGACACUUCUCCUGCAAUGUUGUUUGGGGAACCGUGAUCCGUGUCCAUUCACGACUCAAGAUGGGACCCAGCAUGGGAGUGUCCCGAGCCAUCCAGGCACUUCGUUCGGUGCUCAACGCCUUCUCGGUGGUGAACAGGAAGAACAUGUUUGUGUACCAAGAGCGAGCUACUCGAGCCGUCUACUACCUCCGACUGCUGGAGACAUCGUGCAGUGAGAAGCUCCUCGAUGGGGAUGCUCUGCCCCCCUCCCUCGCCCUCUCCCGAAGCCAGGAACCCAUCUGCCCUGAGGAGGCCUCGGGUCCUCGAUCUCCAUUGGAAGUGGCUUCCAGUCGGAGCUCGGAGACAGCCCGUCCUGUGGGCCAGGUUGACCGGCACAUUCAACUACUAGUGCAUGGUGUGGGUCAGGCAGGCCCCGAGAUCACAGAGGAGUUGGUGCGCGCCCUGCGGCGGCGCCUGGAUGAGGCCACAUUGGAUAUCAUCACUGUCAUGCUCGUGCGCAACUGCAAACUCACACCUGCUGACGUUGAGUUCAUCCAGCCCCCAGGAAGCCCCCCCUCAGAGGUGCUCCACUUGGUGCUGCCCCCCACCUGUCGGCCCUGGCUCCCGGCCUUGGCCUGGUACCUGCGACAGAAUCUGCUCAUCUUCCUGCACUCGCCCAAGUAUACAGACAGCAACAGUCGCCACCACUUCCAGCAUCCUUUCCACCCUCCUAGUGGCCUUCCUGACUCCGAUAUUUACCUCUACAACAAGCCCGGUGGCCAAGGCACAGGGGGAAAAGGCGUUGCCUGCAUCGCGCUGUCCUUCAUGGAUGAGGCAGGGGCUCCCAUCUCUCUGGGGCUCUGGCCCCCUGCUUCCCCCGGCCCCCCGGCCCUGCUGCAGGAGACCGAGUUUGAGAGUCUUACCAAGGUCAGCUGCUGCCCCGCCCCACCGCCCGGAGCUGCUGCAGGUCAGGGCCGGGACCUGCAGCUGCGGCUGGACAUAUGGGAGAAGGGGAACAUCAGCCGCCUCCAGCUGGAAGAGAAGUUGCGCGGGGCCACCCGGCACGCCUUGGCCGACGCCGUCAUGGAGCUCCGGCUGCUGCCGGCCCCUCUGUGUGUGGAGGAGACCCUGCCAGGGAGCCCGAGGAGUGCUUCACUGGAGCCCAAGAGUCCGGGGGACCUGGCCAGCUCCUCCCCUCUCCCCUUCCCACCAGCCCCGAGCCCAGGCGAGCCCGUCACUCCCCCGAGCAAAAUGGGCCGGCGCAGCUUCUGGGAUAUGCUGAGUAAAGCUGAAUGUGGGGACCUUGGCUCCCCAAAGACCACAGACGACAUCGUCCUGGAAAAGUCAGAAGAGACCCGGGGACGGAGGCGCCACAAAACUGAGAGUAUCCGGCCCCCAGGGGGACCGGAGCGGACAGCAGCCCCCGAGCCGGGGGCCCAGGGCCACAGGCGCAGGGCUGUGCAGCUGGAGGAAGGCGAGGCCGGCGCCCUCCAUCCGGGGUUCGCGCGAGUCGCUCUGCGCUGGAUGGAGUUCAUGGCUCAGCUCGGUUGUCCCUCCGUUUCUGGAAGCUCCACGCACAUGGUUUCCCGGUUCCUUCUCCCUUCCGUUCUCACCGAGACCAUCUCACUCGUGGCCUCGCUGGCAGGAGACACCAGUGUCCGCAUGUUUGAGCAGCAGCCGGGGCCAGAGCCUGUCAUCUUCACCCCUUGCUCCGUGGCUCAGCUGCACCCCCCGCCCCGUCCCGGAGCCGAGCGCCAUCUGCUGCUUUUGGGAAGGAACUUCUCCCAGUGGCGGAGGCCCACCCAACAGGCCCCCAAAGCCAUGCAGCGCUUCGAGCCCGGCGUUGAAGGCUCUGGCCGGGAUGCCCCCCGACAGCGACUCUUCCUUCUCCGGGUUAUGGACACCAAGCUGCAGCUGCUCACCUACAACUGGGCUCCAGACCUCGGAGGGGCCCUCGGCCGUGCCCUGGGACGCCUCUUACAGUGGCAGAAUGCUCGGGCCCACCUCGUCCACUGCCUGCUGAGCCAGAAGCUCGGCCUGUUCCACCACUACGGGCACCUGGACUGCCCUGGGCACGACGACAAGGAGCCCAACCCCUUCCUGAUCCCGUCUCUGGAGGCUGAGGCCCUCAUCCGGAGCCCCGGCCCCCCGCCAAGCAGGGAACGACUGAGCAGCUCCUCUCGGGGAGGGCCGGGCCUGGCCCCUGAAACCAUGCCCUUCGACGAGGCCUUGAGGGACAUCGCUGCCGCCCGGCCCGGCCCGGCCCCCCGCCCCCCAGACCCCGUCACUUACCACGGACAGCAGUUCCUGGAGAUCAAGACUGCGGAACGAAGAGAGCUGGAGCGUCAGAUGAAAAUGGAGAACCUCUUUGUGACCUGGCAGCAGAGGUCGGCCCAGUCCAACCUGCCCAUCAGUGCUGGGGAGCUGGAAACCCUGAAGCAGUCCUCACGCCUGGUCCACUACUGUGCCACUGCUCUGCUCUUCGACCCGGCCUCCUGGCAGCACGGACCCCCUGAGCCCACGGCACCCACUGAGGGAAAGCGCCGCCAUCGCUCUAAUGAGUCGGGGGGUCCGUGCUGCCAGGAGGCUGGAGAGCUGCCCACCCCUGGGGCCCGAGAGGAGCCGUGGCUCUGGGAACUGAGCUCGACCUUCCUGCUGCAGUACGUCCAGUACCUGCAGAGCACAGGCUUUAUUCUGGUGCAGCUGCGGCCCCCCUCACCGACACGCAGCACCAGCCGGCUCCGGGCCAUGGCCGUCCUGGGCACCGAGGGGCGAGGCUCUUUCUCCUGUCCCAAGACCAAGACGGAUGGGAGCCCAAAGAGUGCCAGCUCACCCCUUACCACCUACCAUCUGCAGCGGGCACUGCCCGGGGGCAUUGUGCUCAUGGAACUGGCUUUCCAGGGCUGCUACUUCUGUGUGAAGCAGUACGCAUUGGAGUGCUCGCGGAUCCCCAUGGGCCAGGCCGUCAAUUCCCAGCUCUCCAUGCUUUUCACGGAGGAGUGCGACAAGGUCCGGGACCUGAUGCACGUGCACUCCUUCAGCUACGACUUCCACCUGCGGCUGGCGCACCAGCACGUGCUGGGCUCCCACCUGGCCCUGCGCCAGGGCUACCACCUCACCAGCUUCCUGCGCUGCUUCCUCUCGCACCACCCCGACGGCCCCAACUUUGGCCGCAACCACAUCUACCAGGGGACCAUGGAGCUCCCCACGCAGCUCAUCGCCGCCCACCAGCUCUACAACUACGUGGCCGACCACGCCAGCACCUACCGCCUGAAGCCGCUGCGCAUGGCGCGCCCCGGGGGCGGCCCCGAGCACAACGAGUACGCCCUGGUGUCUGUGUGGAACAGCCCAGGCGUCUACCAGGACUCGGAGGGCCUCCGCCACCAGGACGACUUCGACGUGUCCCUGCUGGUGUGUCACUGCGCCGCCCCCUUCGAGGAGCAGGGGGAGGCAGAGCGCCACGUGCUCCGCCUGCAGUUCUUUGUGGUGCUCACCAGCCAGCGGGAGCUCUUUCCCCGGCUCACGGCCGACAUGCGCCGCUUCCGGAAGUCGCCUCGCCUCGCCUCCGAGCCAGAAGGUGCCAGUGGGUCGAGGGGGGGCCCCGGUGAGGUGGGGGGAGGACCACGGGGGUCUCCCGUCACCCCGGAGCCAGGGUCAGCAGCCCCCCUGUUCCCGCCUCUGGCCGCGGAGGUGGCCGUGGCCCGGACGCUGCUGGCCCAGCUGGUGCAGCAGGCCGGCAGUCACUGCCGCCGAGACACGCUCUGGAAGCGCCUCUUCCUGCUGGAGCCCCCGGGGGCCGACCGGCUGCGGCUGGGCGGGCGGCUGGCCCUGGCGGAGCUGGAGGAGCUGCUGGGCGCCGUGCACGCCAAGUCCAUCGGCGACAUCGACCCCCAGCUGGACUGCUUCUUGUCCAUGACGGUCUCCUGGUACCAGAGCCUCGUCAAGGUCCUCCUGAGCCGCUUCCCCCAGAGCUGCCGCCACUUCCAGAGCCCGGAUUCAGGGACGCAGUACUUGGUGGUGCUAAACCAGAAGUUCACCGACUGCUUUGUGUUGGUGUUCCUGGAUUCUCACUCAGGAAAGACGUCGCUCACCGUGGUUUUCCGAGAGCCGUUCCCCGUUCAGCCCCAGAACAGCGAGAGCCCCCCUGCCCAGCUGGUCUCCACCUACCACCACCUGGAGUCUGUCAUCAACACCGCCUGCUUCACGCUGUGGACUCGCCUCCUCUGAGAAAGGGGCUGUGCUCCCCAGACUGCCGACCACCAGGAGGGGAGUCCUCCCUGGAGCUGACCACCCUGAGCCGCCCUCCGGGGGCUCCCGGACCCCUGGGCUCCUGCGCUGGCUGAACCCUCUGCUGACCUUUGAGGGGGCUGGACCUAGUGAGCCCCGGCCAAGCCCACAGGGGCAGGAGGGGACGGGGCCGGCCACCGAGGGCCCUCCCUGACUCUUGGCCGGGCCCCGUGGGAGGGAGCAGGAAUGGAAAGACUGAGCAGAGCCCUGAGAAGGGGUGCCCCUGCUGCUGUCCUCGUGGGCCCCGGGCCAGGCUCUCACUCCCCCCAGAUGGGGUCCUCCCAGCAGGCCCCCGGCCCUUCUGGCCUUCGGAGAGUUUCCUGAGUUCGUUGCCAACGGGAGGAAAGCACUUGGGGGAUGGGAGCAGGGGUGACUGUGGCUGCCCUGGCCAGGCCUCGGCCCCUGAAGCCGUUUCCCCAGAAGUGAGAUGGGGUCCGACUCUCGGCCCUCCUGUGGGGAAACUCCUCUGGUGCUCCCCGACUCCCACAGGGACUCCGGGGGCCGGGCCUUCUGGGCAGAGCAGGUGCCCGCCCCGACAGCGCCGAGGCUGUCCCGGGGUGGGGGGGACGGGCCUGCCCGCGAGCAGCGGCUUCCGCUGGAGGCCCGGCAGGAUCCCGGACUCGCCCUCCCCCCCCCGCCCUCCCCCGCCGCCUCUGUCUCAUGUUCUGCCUUGACACGUUUCGUUUUGGACACUCCCAAUAAAAUGCUGUGACAGGA